AUGGCCGCUCAGGUCGCCACUCUUAACACUAGCCCGCCUUCCGAACUCAAAAAGCCGGAUCGAGACCCCAAGGAGGAGUCGUUACCGGGGGAGAAGCAGUCAGACAAAAAGCAGCCGGGGUUGGACAGCGGAUCGCCGGGCCGGGGGGAUCUGCAGGACGGGGCCGACGGUGGAAAUGCAGGGGGAGGAGGGGAACCUGAGAUGAAGAACGGGAAUGGGAACCCGCCCAGGGCUAACAAUAAUAACCAGAAUGACUCCGUCGGACCGGAGGGAAAUAACCAUCCAGGUUUGGUGCAUCACCACGGCCCCGCUUUUCCGCCACCUUCGUACGGAUACAGUCAGCACUACGGUCGGGCCCCUUUUCAUCAACAUGGCGGACAACAAAGCCCUGGCAUGGCAGCUGCUGCGGGUCCGGUCGUACAGCCGAGCAACAUGAUGGACCCAUAUCAACCUAAUUCACACGACCAUGGCUUUUCGAACCACCAGUUUAAUAAUUACAACCCAUUCCCGAACAGGACUCCUUAUCCCGGCCAAGCUUACGCCAUGAACUCCCCUCGCAGUACCCAGGCGCCGACAGCUGGGGGACAGCCAGCUAAGCAGCAGCCACCAGCGGGAGGACCCACGGCGAUGGCUGGAUCUUAUAGUAACCAGAGAUAUAACAUUGGAAACCCUCAACCUACAUCCACACCGACUCUUAACAAGCUCCUGACCUCACCCAGCCCGACACGGGGAUAUCCAAACUAUCCCUCUAGCGACUACAGUAGCCAAGAAGGAGCUAGUAAGGGACCAGCAGACAUGGGCAGUAGCGGUCAGUAUGGAGGGAGCACUCCGGGUUGGCAACAAAGAAGCCAUCACCCGUCGCCUAUGAGCCCGGGAAGUGCCGGGCAGCCGCUAGGUAGAAACCAGCCACCUGGUCCUAUGGACCCAAUGGCAAAGAUGAGAGGUCAACCAUACGGAGCGGCCAGUCCAUAUGGUCAGCAAUCACAGCAAGGGCCUCCUACGGGCCCACAGCAAGGGCCUGGUUACCCCGGCCAGGGUUAUGGCCCUCCAGGCCCCCAACGAUACCCAAUGGGACGUACUCCUGGAGGCAUGGGAGGCAUGCCGUAUGGUUCCCAGAUGGGAUCCUAUGGACAGCAGGGACCAGGAGGCUAUGGCUCUCAGGGCCAGGCACCUUAUUACGGCCAGCCUGGCCAGGGUCCUCACCCGAGCCAGCAACAAACCCCUUACUCCCAGCCCCCUCCAGGACAACCAGGUGGCCAGGCAACUUAUCCAGGGCAGCCGCACCCUCCACCAACAUCUGGCCCUCACACACAAGGAGGACCACCCUAUCAGCAGCCCCACAUGCCCCCACAGUCACAGGGGCCACUGCCAGGCCCACCCCAAGGGCCAUCACAGUCUCAGCCACCUUACUCCCAAGCUUCAGCCCCACAGUCUGGCCAGUCUCCCUAUGCCCAGCAGCAGGGUCCUCCUGGUCAAACCCAGCAGCAGCCAAGUUCCCAGGCUCCCCCUGGAUCACAAGGCCAGUCCAACUACCCUGGAUCCUCACAGGGGCCUCAGCCCCCCUCCUCGCAGCAGACACAGUCUCAGCCUCCACAGCAGCCACCGGGACACAGCCAACACCCACAGGGCCAGCCUGCAGCAUACCCCCAGAACCCACAGCAGCAACAGCAAGCACAACAGUCACCUUAUCAGCGCUUUCCUCCUCCACAGCAGCAGGAAGUAUCCCAGGACUCCUUUCAGUCCAAUGUCCCUCCAUCCACUCAAACUAAAUCUGGCACAGAUGACAGUCAAGGCCGCCCCUCAAGCCUUCCAGACCUGUCAGGAUCUAUUGAUGACCUGCCUACAGGUACAGAGGGUGCCCUCAGUCCUGGUGUGAGCACUUCAGGUGUGUCAAGCAGCCAGGGAGAGCAGAGCAACCCGGCACAGUCUCCCUUCUCCCCUCACACCUCUCCCCAUCUGCCGGGUAUCCGAGGGCCUUCACCAUCCCCAGCUGGUUCCCCUGCUAGUGCUAGCACGCCUCGCACAGGGCCGCUGUCCCCUGCCAACAUGCCAGGUACCCAGAUGCCUCCUAGACCAUCAAGUGUGCAGUCAGAUGGGAGCUUACACCCUGGAAUGAGCCCAUCUCCCAUGGCCCAGGACAGAGCUUUUAUGCAGAGAAACCCUCAGAUGCCCCCCUAUGGCUCCCCUCAGUCAGCUUCUGCUCUGUCACCACGCCAGUCCUCGGGUGGACAGAUGCAUCCUAGUAUGGGUCCAUAUCAGCAAAACAAUUCAAUGGGCUACGGACAACAGGGAGGACAGUAUGGCCCCCAAGGUUAUCCACGGCAACCUGGAUAUGGCAAUAUGCCUAAUGCUAACUACCCUGGACCAGGUAUGGGUCCAAUGAACCCCAUGGCAGGACAAGGUGGGGGGCCACCAUAUGCUGGCAUGCCUCCUGGAAGGAUGCCUCCAAAUCAAAUGGGGGCACGUCCAUAUGGCCCCAAUAUGGGUCCAAACAUGGGCCCCAACAUGCCUCCAAAUAUGGGCAACAUGCCACCCCAGGUAGGCUCAGGGAUGUGUCCUCCUCCAGGCAUGAACAGAAAGCCCCAGGACCCUUCAGUUAUGCAGCACCCCGCCUCUAACGCCAUGCACAACAGAAUGCCGGGUUAUCCCAACAUGUCUCCGGGCAUGAUGAGCUCCGGUCCGCCCUAUGGUCCUCCUAUGAACAACAUGCCUGGAAUGAUGAACACUCAAGGUGGAUCCCCUUAUCCAAUGGGGCCAAACAUGGCUAAUAAUUCAAGUGGCAUGGCCCCAAGUCCAGAGAUGAACAAUAAAAUGAAUAACAAAGUGGAUGGGACUGUAACGUCAAAACCAGAGCCCAAAUCGAAGAAGUCAAAUUCAUCAACUACAACCAGUGAAAAGAUAACACGGCUGUAUGAGUUAGGACCAGAGCCAGACAGGAAGAUGUGGGUGGACCGUUAUUUGGCCUUCAUUGAAGAGAAAGCCAUGGGCAUGACCAACCUCCCAGCUGUAGGACGCAAACCACUCGACCUCUUUCGGCUGUACAUGUCAGUCAAGGAGAUUGGAGGCAUGACACAGGUCAAUAAGAAUAAGAAAUGGCGUGAUCUGGCUACUUCCCUGAAUGUGGGCACAUCUAGCAGUGCUGCCAGUUCUUUGAAGAAACAGUACAUCCAGUGUCUUUAUGCCUUUGAGUGCAAAAUUGAGCGUGGUGAGGACCCCCCUCCUGAGAUUUUUUCAGACAACAAAAAGAAUCAAGCUGCUAAAGUCCAGCCACCCUCACCAGCGUCCCUCUGCUCCACAGCUGGGUCAGGGUCUCUGCAGGGUCCUCAGACACCCCAGUCCACCAGCAGCUCAAUGGCUGAGGGGGGAGACCUAAAACCUCCCACCCCAGCCUCCACUCCUCACUCACAGAUCCCCCCAAUGCCCCCUGGGGCCAGGAGCAGUGUUAACUUGCAAGACCCCUUUUCUGAAGGUAAUGACCCCGCUUUCCCUCGGAGGAACAUGACCCCCAACUCUGCUUAUCAGUCUGGCAUGAACACCCCAGACAUGCAAGGGCGUAUGGGAAGUUAUGAACCCAACAAGGACCCCUUCAGUAACAUGCGCAAAGUUGGGGAGCAGUUUCUACCAGCUAAUCAGGGCCCAAACAGUGGAGUUGGUGACCAGCAGCAGCAGCAACCACAACAACAACCACCACAGACACAGCAGCAGCCUCCAUUCAACAGAGGACCGCCAGGGGCCAUGGGCUCGAUGCCAAUGGGGCCCAGACAGCAGUAUCCUUAUGGACCAGGCUAUGACAGGAGAUCGGAGCAAGGAAUGGGCCCAGAGGGCAACAUGGGAUCCGGUGCUCCUCAGCCAAACCCUAUGAUGCCUGCCAAUGCCGACACGGGGAUGUAUUCGCCAAAUCGCUUCCCACCACAGCAGCCACGGCAUGAUUCCUAUGGUAAUCAGUAUCCUGGACAGGGAACGCCCCCUACUGGCUCUUACCCAAAUCAGCAGCCAGGAAUGUAUCCACAACAACAACAACAGAGUUACAAGCGUCCUGUGGAAGGUGGUUAUCCUCCAGCAAAGCGUCAUGAAGCAGAGUACAAUACGCCCUUCCCCGGUGGACAACAGCCACCACAGCAACAGCAGCAACAGCAAGGAGGCUCCUCUGCACCCUCUUCAGGACAGCAGGAGUCGUACAAUCAGUACGGUGGCAGUGGGCCUUUCCCUGGCUCUGAUCGCCGUCCACCUGGUCCAGGCAAUCAGUUUCCCUUUCCCUUUGGUCGCGAACGUAUGCAGGGAGCAACAGGGCCAAAUGCUCAGCCCAGUAUGCCCCCUCAGAUGAUGCAGUCAGGCCCUGAGGGUCCUCAAGGAGGCAUGUGGCAGGGACCGCGAGACAUGAACUAUCAGAACUACCCCAGCCGGCAGGGUGGUCCUGGGGGUCCACCACAGGGUCACACUUACCCUGGGAUGAACCGGUCAGAGGAGAUGAUGCCGUCAGAACAGCGCAUGAAUCAUGACAGCCAGUGGGGAGGACAGAUGGGUCCACGACAGCCUCCCUACGGUCCAGGAGGGCCUGGCCAGCCUAUGCCUCGUUCCGUACAGUCCAACUACCAGCCCCCUCAGGGAGUGCAGAACCACAUUCCACAGGUGUCUAGCCCAGCCUCCAUGCCCCGCCCCUUGGAGAGCAGGACAUCACCAAGUAAAUCUCCCUAUAUGCACGGAGUAAUGAAGAUGCAGAAAGCUGGCCCUCCAGUGCCUGCGUCUCACAUAGUGCCCCCUCCAGUGCAGUCGCCUUUAAUACGGAGAGACAUGCCUUUUCCCCCAGGCUCUAUAGAAGCUACCCAUCCCGUCCUGAAACCACGGCGGAGACUCACCAUGAAAGACAUCGGAACCCCAGAGGCCUGGAGAGUUAUGAUGUCAUUAAAAUCUGGUCUACUAGCUGAGAGUACAUGGGCCUUAGACACCAUCAACAUUCUCCUGUAUGAUGAUGGCAGCAUCACCACUUUUGACCUCAACACGUUACCUGGUCUACUAGAGCUGGUGGUUGAGUAUUUCAGACGCUGCCUCAUUGAAAUCUUUGGCAUUCUUCGGGAGUAUGAAGUGGGAGACCCUGGCCAGAGGACACUACUAGAUCCUGAUGCCUUGAAACGAGACUCGGACAGCACAGAAGAAGAGGAACCACAGGCUGAGGACAUGGAGCAGGAGGAAGAUGAGGAUGAUGAAGAAGAGGAGGAAACGGAGGGUCCAGAUCGUGUGAAAGAGGAGAAAGACCAAGAGCAAUGCUCUGACUCUCGGGAGGAGAAAGUAGAAGAUGAGGACAGGAAGAGUAAAGGUUCUUCCUCUGAACAGACAAGCUUACCCCAAUCUUUACCUGCCGAUGAGAGACCCAAACAGGCCAGCAAAUUUGACAAGUUUCCCUUAAAGGUGGUACGAAAGAAAGACCCAUUUGUAGCUGGGCAAUCUAAUAAUCAUGGCAAAUUGCAAGAGUUUGACAGUGGGUUACUUCAUUGGAGUGCUGGAGGUGGAGACUCAACAGAACACAUCCAGACCCACUUUGAACCACGAAAAGACUUCUUGGAACCACGAGAAAGAAUACCUGUGCCCCCAGUUUUGCUGAGGAGACGACUCCCGGAAGAGGAGAUAAGGGAAAACUGUCUGCCAACAGAAGAGAAGACAAAGCAUCAGGAUGAAGAAGAGAGGCCAAAACAGAUAGAGAAAGAAACUGGUUCAGAGAAGACCAACAGCCCACUCAAUACAGAGGAGGAGAAGAAAAUCGAUUCUGUGGCCAAGUUGGUUGAAAAACUCACUAAAGGUCAUCAAGAGAAUAAUAGACCCAAUCCUUUCUUGGGUAGUGGGUUAACCCACCGGGCACAGCAAAGUGGUACCAUCCUAGAGGACGAGCCUCAUAGUAAAGAUGAAGGGCCACUCAUAGCACUUGCAAAUUGGCAGGAUUCAUUGGCCCGGCGCUGCAUUUGUAUCUCCAAUAUUGUCCGCAGCCUUUCCUUUGUUCCAGGCAAUGACCACGAGAUGUCCAAACAUCCAGGGCUACUACUGCUACUGGGACGCCUGAUCCUGCUCCAUCACAGGCACCCUGAGCGCAAACAGGCACCACUCACCUAUGAAAAAGAUGAGGAUUCAGACGAGGGAAUGGGCCAAAGGGAUGAAUGGUGGUGGGACUGCUUGGAGCUUCUGAGGGAGAACACACUGGUCACUCUUGCGAACAUCUCAGGUCAACUGGACCUGUCCAUCUACCCAGAGAGCAUCUGUUUGCCUAUCUUGGAUGGUCUUCUCCACUGGGCUGUCUGCCCCUCAGCGGAGGCUCAGGACCCAUUCCCCACAAUGGGCCACCACAGCGCAUUGUCACCUCAGAGACUGGUCCUGGAGACGCUAAGCAAACUCAGCAUCCAAGACAACAACGUGGACCUCAUCUUGGCCACUCCACCAUUUAGUCGACUGGAGAAGCUAUAUGGGAACCUGGUGCGGCUAAUUGGAGAUCGGAAAGUAGCAGUCUGCAGGGAGAUGGCGGUUGUCUUAUUGGCAAACUUGGCCCAGGGUGAUACUAUAGCAGCACGAGCAAUUGCUGUUCAGAAGGGCAGUGUGGGGAACUUGCUGGGCUUCCUGGAGGAUAGUCUGGCAGCCACACAGCUUCAGCAGAGCCAGAGCUCUCUACUACACCUACAGGGGAUGCACUUCGAGCCCACAAGCCCGGACAUGAUGCGGCGAGCUGCCCGGGCUCUGCACGCCUUAGCCAAGGUGGAGGAGAACCACUCAGAGUUCACACUACAUGAGUCCCGACUCCUUGACCUUUCAGUGUCCCCUCUAAUGAACUCGCUGGUUUCUCAUGUUAUCUGUGAUGUACUCUUUUUGAUCGGCCAGUCAUGACAGCUGUAGGGAGCCGUGGCUCCACUUUUUGGGGGUUUUAUCCCCAUCCUCUCUUCCCUGGUAACCUGGCUUGAGUGUGUAACAGGGCAAGGAAAGCAACUGUCUUUUAAUUUAUGAAAACCCUUCAAAUUCCAUACUCUGAGCCCUCCCCAGGCUGCCCUUGCUCAAGGAGGGUAAUCGCAGAGCUGUGGUGGAUUACAACCCAGAGAAAUGCCCAAGAAGUGACACUACUUGCAACAUGAAUGCCAACUGGAUGCAGAGCACUAUAGUGGGGAGACUAUUCUACACUUGGGGGAAAAGUACUUUUUAAUACAGAUAAAUAAAUGAAUAAAUAAAUAAAUAGCUGAAAAACAAAAACUGUAACCAAAGUUGCUGUCUCGUUUACAGUGAGUUUGGGAGACGCAGUGUGCCCUAGCUCUCCCCUCAAGGGUACAAUGAGUCUGUAACUGGUUGAUGUUCAGAGGUGAAGCAGACUGACAAGUGGCCUACUGGUUAUAGUUGCUGUAGUUGGAUUCUCACCAGUCAGCCCGACAGUUGACAUAAAAUGCUGUCAAUAGACAUCUUCACCGGGGAGGCCUGUGCAGUGUGCAGUAGAUUGUAGGACAUUUUCUGUACCGUACUGCUCUUGAGUGUAAGCAUUCUGUAACACGUUUCACACAGAAGCUGAUGAUGCAGCUCUUCUAGAGUUUUGAGGUCAUUUUAGUUUGGUGUUAAACAGAAAAUGGCUUUCUUCCCCAAAGUAUCGAGAACCUACAACACCCUUACCUCCUCUUAUCCCUUGAUUGUAUGAAUACCCUUAUGAAAAGAAAUCACCUCUUAGGACUGGUUUUCAACUUCAAAUACAGCUUUGCUGUGGUGUAUAUAUAAUGUUGUACAUUACACUUCCUUUGUGUCUGUCUCUGUCUGUGUCACUAUUCUCACACUUGUUAUUGGUGAGGGAUGGAUGCUGACAUGAGUUUGAUCCGUUACCUCCAGUCCCCACUGAUUAGACCCACUCCUCUGGUCUCACCACAGCUCCAUAGUAUGGCAGACACGGCUCAAACCUGUUAUCUCCUGGUACAACAAAAAUAAACUAGAUGAAGUACACAUUUGACAAUUUUUCUCCAGUCAUGGAUUCUGCAUAUUUGUAUUUCAGACAAUGUAGCUAAGACAACAUGUAAAUUCCUCCCUUUCCCUUUUUUGGCUCAAUGAAUAUCAUUUAUUCAGUAUGAAAUCUUUAUACUAUAUGUUCCACGUGGUAAGAAUAAAUGUACAUUAAAUCUUCGUAAGCUG